AUGGCCCGCGGCAGUCUCGUCCCCCUCAUCAUCCUCGUGGUCGUCGUCGCCGUACUCGCCGUAAUCGGGUACAUCACCUGGUCGAUCGUACAAGAAGUAACACGGAACACAAAGUCCAAGAUGGAGAAGAAGAAUGUCGUAUGGACAAAGGACGGCAUGAAGGUCGGCGUGAAGGAAUUGAAUAAUGAGGAUUAUCAGGAUCGGACUCAGAGUGUUCUGGUGAAUAUGUGGAAUCAUACUUCGUUUCCUGCUUAUAAGAGUCGGUUGUGGAAUAUGACGCAACCGGCGGCUGAGGUUCAGGAGGUGGAGAGGAGGAGGAAGGGGCGGUCGAACUAG